GCUUACCUAAUACACUCAUAACUUUUGAACUUCACUCUCAAUAUACACAACCAUAAUCGACGAAUUCCCCUCUCUCCCCAAUACCACCCCUCCAAAUCCACCCAUCAUGUCUGCACCAUCGUUAGCAAGCUGGAUUUCCAAGAAGCCCGGGCUCUUGAAGAUGAUGAAGCCUUUGGCCUCAUGGUACACCAAUGCUGCUGGAUACCGUCAGUUGGGAUUAAGAGCCGAUGAUUUACUCCCCGAGGAAUCCGAAGAGGUUCUUCUUGCGCUCAAGCGUUUACCGCAAAAGGAAGCUUAUGAUCGUGUUUUCCGUCUGCGAAGAGCUGUUCAGUGUUCCGUCCAACAUCAACUCUUGCCCAAGGAUCAACACACCAAGCCCGAAGACGAUUACGCAUACCUCUCUCCCAUCAUUGCCGAGAUCGAAGCCGAGGCCAAGGAACGUGCUGAUUUGGAAUCAUUGACUAUUACCAAGAAGAACUAGAGAGGAGAAAAGCAGAGAAUGCAGAUGAAGAGCCGCUGGAUAUGUAUAUUUGGGAAGGUGGGAAAGGCAAGUGAAGUGCAGGAAUGAGAUGAGAAUUUUAGAGGAUUGGGAAUGAAAAGCACCGAGAUGGGAUGUGAUGCUCUGUACUUUAUAACGAUGAUCAUCAAUUCGAAAAAAACAAAAAGUCACUCUACUCUACAUGAUGGUCGUGUGAAGAGGGAAGAUGAGAUAUCGUGCAACUUGACG